AUGGCUCCCGAAGUCAAGUUCACCGCGUGGGGCAUCCCGUACCUAGUCGAGUUCAAGAACGUCGCCUUCCGCGCGCGCCAGCGCUCCCGCUCCCCGCCGCGCGUCCCCACCAUCGCCCGCGACUCCCGUUGCUUCUCCUUCAUCCUCGUCGACCGCCCGCCCAGCUUCGACGACACCACAUCCAUCGCAAGCGUCGAGACCGCCUCCUCGGAGACGCUCGCCUACCCCGGCGACGACACCGGCGAGGGCGAGGGCCUCUUCAUCCAGUUCGCGACCCAGCGCCGUGGGAUGCACCAGAAGCUCUCGAACACACGGCUCUGGCGCCUGAAGCAGCGCAUCGCGAAGGCCGUGCUGGCCGCGGGCAUGGACGCGUCGCCGGGGACGGAGAAGACGGACCCGAUGGACGUCCCGACGCUGUCGAGGAUGUCGUACGGGAGCAUCCGCUCGGACGACUCGUCGCCCAUGCCGGACGGCUCGCCGGGCGCCCUGUUUAGCGGCACGUACGGGCAGGUGAUGGUGGCGCUGCAGGCGCGGGGCUCGUCACGACGCCGUGCAAGGAGUCUGGGUUCGACGAAGGUGCGCAGUGUCGGGGCGUUGGUCUGCAGGAGCGAGGACCUCACGUGUGUUGCAGCUACCCGGCUCGGCGCGCUGUUCGUCGCGAACCAUACAAUGGACAGCAAGGUCGAGUUCACUAAGCUCACUUUGUGGGCAUGA